GUGUCUCACUGUGUGGGACAAAGGGGAGGCCACCCAGCUGAGUGGGUGUGUGCGAGUGCUGUGUUGGCUGCAGAUAGAGCUGCUCCAUAUGGGUCUCUUCUGUCUCUGGUGUCUCUUGGCAUCUCACUUCAGAAGAGGUGAUAACAGAAGGACACCAUCCUGUUAGGAGCUCUCACUCUGUACCUUAUUCCUAGGGGUGUUCAAGAGAAGUGUUUGUGGCUGCUUCAGGCGGAGAGAGGGAGAGGAGGAGGAGGAGGAGAGACAGGCGGAGAGGAGAGCUGAUGCCUGACGAGUCACUCGGCGGAGGCAGAGCGGGCGGUACCACAACUUCCCGGCGGCGCGGAGCGGCGCGGAGCAGCGCGGCGCGGAUCGGAGCUCGCCGGCCGGAUCGCUCCCAUGUCAGCGCGGCGGCGGGGGACUGCGCUCCGCUAGCGACCAGCCGCCGGCCAACCCCCUCCUCGCCCAGCGAUGUAUUCACUGCUCUCAGCCUGCACUUGCCUAUGUUUACAUUUCCUGCUGCUGUGCGUUCAGGUACAGGAAUGAGGCCGUUGGAGGAACACCCUGAGCGAGGCUCUGCAGCCCAGGUGCCCGCGGGAUGGGGCUGGAGCUGCCCCACUGCCUCAGGGAUUUUAGCUGGACAUCCUGGAGCAGACCCACCUGCGGGGCCGCGCAGAGCAGGUGCCACUUCGGUGGCUGCGGCGACCUUCCCGUCGGAGCUGAGGGACACUUGUGACACCCUUGGCCCCGAGUUGUACUUUGGCCGGGACUGCACCUGCUCACCCUCUCCAGAUCCCCAGCGGCAGCAGGGGAUGGUCCUGGAUGAGCACAGCCUUGGAGGGGGCUCCAUUCCUCUGGCCAAGCUAAAACCCGAACCAGCCCCAUCCCCUGCUCUCCCACCCAUCCAAAAAAUGCCCGAUCACGUUUUUUUCCUCAUCCCCUCCAAAAACUGCAGCUCGAACCUGGCACCAGCAGAGCCUCCCCUGGUGGAGCAGCCUCCUCAGCAGGAGAGGAUCCGCAGCUGUAAAUUACCCAGCCGCUGGAAGGUGUUUGCUCUGUUUCUCUGGUGCGGUUUUUUUUCAGCCCGAGGAAUCACAGGCUGCGCAGGGCUCGCAGCGCCGGAACCCUUUGUAGCGGGGGGAGGUUUUUUUGCGCUUGUGCGGUAACUGAAGUUAAUCAGCCCUCCAGCCCCCUUCCUCUCCCCCUCCCUUCGGUGCUUUUAGUGAAUCAGAAAAAGUUUGGCUGGCUGCCUGGAAAGCACUUGCUAAAAUCUGAUCUCUUACUUCAGCAGCCUUAAAACAAAGUUAUUGGCAUUUAUACAGUUGGAGCUUGCAGGCUUCCAAAGCAAUAAAAUAAUAAAAAAAAAAAAGGAAAAAAAGAAGAAAGCUCUGUGCUCUGGUGCUAUUAGAACCAUACUUGCUACCUUUUGUGCUGAUUUUGCAGCGUUUUGGGGGCUGUGAGGUGGGAUGGCUGGGCUGGGCUCUGCGGAGGUGUCCUGGCUGCGGCUGGAGAGGCGGCGGAGCUCGCUGGGUGACACACGCACAGCCGAGCUCCUUUGGCGAUUGGUGUGAGGAGCCAAAACAUUAGAUUAGUCAUACUCGAGGGCCUUCGAGUGAGUGUUUACAGUAUUAAUGGUAGAUGAAAAGAUGUGAAUGCUGU